GGAGCAGAGAGUCGAAAGAAAGAGAUUGAGAUAAUAUUUUUUUACCAAACUCAGGAGAACAUGGGGGAAGCAUUGUGUGUAAAUGCUCUCAAACCUGGAUCAUGCUGUUGCUGUUCAGAGAGAAAGGGCUCUCAACGCAGCCAGAGUACCCAGUCUGUGGAAGUGGAGUCUAUGAUGGAGUUACCAGAUCUGAACAGAGUGCCACAUCCCAUGGAUUCACUCCAAUCACAGUGGUUCCAAAAACUCCAGCUACAAAAGUCUGGGAGAAAGAGACCACAGAGUAACAGUGAUCCUUCCCAGGAGAUGGAUUUUGUGAAGAGAUUCCAGUGGCAGAGACAGGGCCUCCUGUUUGGAACCGCCUCAUCCUAUUUGAAUCUGAAGAAGCUGUGCGAAGGUUCUUACUCUACAGUUUACAAGGGGAUUAGCAGAAUAAAUGGCCACUUGGUGGCUUUGAAAGUAAUCAGGCUGGAGACAGAGGAAGGAGUGCCUUUUACUGCCAUCCGAGAAGCAUCUCUUCUCAAGAGCCUGAAACACGCCAAUAUUGUGCUCCUGCACGACAUUAUCCAGACAAAGGACACUCUGACAUUUGUCUUCGAGUACAUGCACACAGAUCUGGCACAGUACAUGGCCCAGCAUCCUGGAGGACUUCAUGCUCACAAUGUCAUGCUCUUCAUGUUCCAACUUUUGCGAGGCCUGGCUUACAUCCACCAACACCACAUUCUUCAUCGUGAUCUGAAACCCCAGAACUUGCUCAUCAGUUCCCUGGGCGAGCUCAAAUUAGCUGACUUUGGUCUUGCUCGUGCCAAGUCCAUCCCCACUCAGACAUACUCCUCUGAGGUGGCGACGCUCUGGUACCGUCCUCCUGAUGUGCUACUCGGAGCCACUGAGUAUUCUUCUGAUUUGGAUAUCUGGGGUGCAGGUUGUAUAUUGGUUGAAAUGCUCCAGGGUCAACCCGUGUUCUCAGCAGUUAGUGGUACUCUGGAACAGCUGGAGAAGAUCUGGGCAGUGUUGGGGGUCCCAACUGAGGAUACAUGGCCAGGACUUUCCAAGCUUCCCAACUAUAAACAAGAGAGGGUCGUCUCCAGUAGACCUCAGAGGCUCCGAAUGAUCUGUGCCAGGCUGGGCCGGGUGCCAGGAGCUGAAGACCUCGCAUUGAAAAUGUUAAAAGCUUUUCCUCGAGAGCGGGUCUCUGCACAGGAUGCACUUGUUCAUAACUUCUUCAGCGCUCUGCCGUCUCGGCUGCAUCAGCUUCAUGAUGCACAGUCACUGUUUACAGUUCCGGGAGUGAGGCUGCAGCCAGAAACCUGUGACCUAUUUGCUCCUUACCAAAAGGGUCAUCGUCAAGCCAGUUCAAGCAAGUUUUGGUGAAAAACAAGAAUGUUCAACAGCC